GCCGGACCCCUCAGGGCCCGGGCUUCUCCCACCGACACCGCGUCCCGAGUAAGCGCCGGGCCGCUCCGGUCCCUUCGCCAGCCCCCUCCCCGCUCCGCUUCCCGGGCCGGGACGGGCGCCCGACAUCGGCCAAGGCGAGCGCGCCCCCGGCUCUCGGACCGCGCGCACAGCCCGCACUGCCCACGCCGCGGGCGAGCGAGACCUCGGCCCGCCCCCAUGACUUCCAGUGAGAUCGAGAUGCCCGGCGAGGUGAAGGCCGACCCCGCCGCCCUCAUGGCGUCCCUGCACCUCCUGCCGUCGCCCACGCCCAACCUCGAGAUCAAGUACACCAAGAUUUUUAUUAACAACGAGUGGCAGAACUCAGAGAGUGGGAGAGUGUUCCCUGUCUAUAAUCCAGCCACAGGAGAACAGGUGUGUGAAGUUCAAGAAGCAGACAAGGCAGACAUAGACAAAGCAGUGCAGGCAGCCCGCCUGGCUUUCUCUCUGGGUUCAGUGUGGAGAAGGAUGGAUGCUUCAGAAAGAGGCCGUCUGUUGGAUAAGCUUGCAGACUUGGUGGAACGAGAUAGGGCAGUCCUUGCAACCAUGGAAUCCCUCAAUGGUGGCAAACCGUUCCUGCAAGCAUUUUAUGUCGAUUUGCAAGGAGUCAUCAAAACUCUUCGGUAUUAUGCAGGCUGGGCUGAUAAAAUUCACGGGAUGACCAUUCCUGUAGAUGGAGACUAUUUUACCUUUACAAGACAUGAACCCAUUGGCGUGUGUGGACAGAUCAUCCCGUGGAACUUCCCCCUGCUGAUGUUUGCCUGGAAAAUUGCUCCAGCUCUGUGCUGUGGCAAUACAGUAGUUAUUAAACCAGCAGAACAAACACCACUCAGCGCGCUCUACAUGGGAGCCCUCAUCAAGGAGGCUGGCUUUCCACCAGGAGUCAUCAAUAUUUUGCCAGGAUACGGGCCAACGGCCGGGGCAGCAAUAGCUUCUCACGUUGGCAUAGACAAGAUUGCGUUCACAGGGUCUACUGAGGUUGGAAAGCUUAUCCAAGAAGCAGCUGGAAGAAGCAAUUUGAAGCGAGUAACCCUGGAACUUGGAGGGAAAAGUCCCAACAUUAUUUUUGCAGAUGCUGACUUGGACUAUGCCGUGGAGCAGGCUCACCAGGGUGUGUUCUUCAACCAAGGCCAGUGCUGCACUGCAGGAUCUCGAAUCUUUGUGGAGGAGUCCAUCUAUGAAGAAUUUGUGAGAAGAAGUGUGGAGCGGGCCAAGAGGCGCAUAGUGGGGAGUCCCUUUGACCCCACCACCGAGCAGGGACCCCAGAUUGACAAGAAACAGUACAACAAGAUCCUGGAGCUCAUCCAGAGCGGUGUGGCUGAGGGUGCCAAGCUUGAGUGCGGAGGCAAGGGGCUGGGCCGAAAGGGAUUCUUCAUUGAGCCCACAGUGUUUUCCAAUGUCACUGACGACAUGCGGAUUGCCAAGGAGGAGAUCUUUGGCCCUGUUCAGGAAAUUUUGAGGUUUAAGACUAUGGAUGAAGUUAUUGAAAGAGCCAACAACUCAGACUUCGGACUUGUAGCAGCUGUCUUUACUAACGACAUCAACAAGGCCCUCACAGUGUCUUCUGCAAUGCAAGCCGGGACUGUUUGGAUCAAUUGUUACAAUGCCUUAAAUGCCCAGAGCCCCUUUGGGGGAUUCAAGAUGUCUGGAAAUGGGAGAGAAAUGGGAGAAUUUGGUUUGCGAGAGUACUCUGAAGUUAAGACUGUAACAGUAAAGAUCCCCCAGAAGAACUCUUAAGAUGGCCAAGAAGGAAGGUGAAGACCAGCCUGCACGACUCCCCUCUCUGCUUUCCCUGUGGGGCCCAGCUCUCAGGAAUCCCCAAUACUCAGUUCUUAUUUAACAAUUCAAAUGACAGCAUGUAGACCAUUCGCUGGGUGUAAUGAAUGCAAGCCAGUGGGCGUGGUUUCUUGGCACUCUGUGAGGGAUCACCUUUAUGAUACCAAAUAUUGGAAAUGGGAUAAAGGCCCGGGGAGCACCUGUGGGCACAUCCAGUGUGUCUUUCUGGGGUGAGGGGGUGAGUAAGGGAGCUGUACUGUUUGAUGCCUCUGUCGCAGAGGACCUCACUCAUGAGCAAAGGUAGCCUUUCCAUUGUCUUCGUUUCCCUCUUCCAGGCUCUCUCUGCUCACACUCCCCUCCUGCUCCUCCAAGGAGAUCUCAGCUCAUUUGGGGCAGAUGUUUGGGCCGGGAACAAUUUUCCAAGGUUUUGCAGCCAAAUUACCAUUUCAUGUUAUCCAUUUCUUCAAAGCAAAACAUGAAAUGGUUUUAGUUAGAGCCAGACAAGAUUGAAAAUGCCAGGAGCUGGUACACUGCAGAUGUACUAAGGAGAAAGAACUUAGGAAGUUUCUGAUCCAGUCUGGCUUUCUUACAUCCAUAAAUAACUUGAGUGAAAGAUCAGGAGAUGGAGCUCCAGAGACCAUUCUGUGUAGUUCACAGCCUCGGAGCUCACUGCAUGAUUUGGGGGUGUAUGUGAGAGAUGUAUGUGUGUGUGUGUGUGUGUGUGUGUGUGUGUGUGCGCGUGUACAUGUGCAUGUAUGCAUUUAAUUCCUUCUUGAUUAUUCUGGAAUAAGUCAGGGGCUGGGCUAUUUUUCAUAGAUCGAUAAGAUCUUUUCCAAAGCUUGUCUUUCAAAUCAACCAAAAAGUGAUCUGAGUGGACUUGAGAAUUUGGAAAGAAGGUAAUGCUGGGUGCCUUGUAGAAAUAAUUCCAUGUCCAAUUCUGCAGACAAUUCAUAUGAAGUGAAUUCUCCCUGCAGUUGGAAUCCGCAGCCUCUUGUACCCCCCCAGUCCACUGUGCCCACCACCUGCUAGUCCUGGUGCAGCAAGUGUUACUUUUGGCUCCCAUGCCCUAGAUCUACCGGCGGUAACCUUGGAAGAUCUGGCCAGGCCUUCCUUCUCCAUUUGUAGUGUUCCAGUGUGCCAUGAUUGCCACGCCCCACCAGAGCUCCACUUGUCAUGCCCGUGGCCUGUCCACACACAUUUCUUGCCUCUUGGCCUCCUGGCAGGGUGGGGGGCAUGGUGUGAAACAGGCCGGCCCCCUCUCCCCCUCUCCUAGCUGAGCACCCCACUGCUGCUUCCCAGUGAAGGCUCCAUGACGUGGGCAGUGUCAAUUUCCUUUCCAGCUGCCGAAUCCAAUUCAUCUCUAACCUAGAUGAAGAUCACUUAUUUAAAAGUACCAAACCUAACCUAGAGUAUAUGAAAUAAGGGCAACACAUAUAUAGCCUUCUGUAUUUAAUGGUUUUCUGCUUUCUAACAUUGCUGGUUGUCUAUUUAUAACCCUUGUGUCUACUCAUGAUGUUUUAAAGAAAUCUCUACUUGCUGUUAUUGACAAAGGACAGUGGCUGGAUGCCUUGAGAGAUGCCACAUUUCUGAGUUCUUUCGUGUGAAUGUCAUGCUCUCCUCCUAUAGCCUGUGUCCCCCGUGAACAUAUCCACUAACCAGCUAGUUACCUUGAACUGCAAUAUAGAAUGUGAAAAUGAAGAUUUAUUUCUUUUAAUUUACUUAAAAAGAAACCUCUGUGCUAGCAAUAAAGCAUUUAUAUUGUGUA